AUGUCACUUGAACCACAAAAUAUUAUUGUGAAUAUUUGUUACGAAAAAAGCGCACAUUUCAUCAUGUUCUGUAUUAAUUUAUCAACGCUACAAAUUAUUCUUAUACUAGCAAUCUUUCAACAAGCAAAAAGCGUAGAAGACGGAUACCUCAGAUCUGUGAAGAAUGCUUGCUAUAUAAAAGGAGAAGCAUUAUCUUGUAUGAAAUAUCGAGCUAUAAAAAUUGCCACGAAUACAUUUUUUGGUGACCUAUAUACGAAUAAGACGAUAAGAGCUGGUAAAAUGAUAAGCUUCGUACCUUUAGACGAAGAAAUAACGAAAACCAUAGCAACAAAUGCGGAAGAAGAAUUGCUAGUGAAAGAACCAAGAAGCUUUUUGUCAGAAUGGUCGGAGUUUGCCAAAUAUUUAAUGAAAUUAAUAAAGGUGUUUUUUAAAACUAAAGGAUUGAAAGUAGAUCUUCCUGACGGAGCUAGGACAAUUGAGGAGCCAGACAACGAUGAUGCUAGAGGCAAAAAGAAAAAACUGGCGAUCAUGAUUCCUCUUCUGAACCUACUAGCGACAUUGAAGACCAAAUUUCUUCUUGUCCCUAUUCUUCUAUCCGUGUUAUUGAUAAAGAAACUACUAUUAGUGGCUGCUUUAUUGGUUCCAAGUCUACUCAGCACAUUGAAGUCCUGCAAGCAUCAUCAUCCCAUGACGCACUAUUCAUCAUAUUUUGACGGAGGAUCAUCGGAUUUUAAUUCAGAUUACGGCGGCAGUUAUGCUUAUUCAUCGAACGGCGGUUAUGGAAAAGACUUCGCCUCAAACAGGGCGUAUUUACUACCAAAAAACAGGCAAACACCCGCUUCUAUGUAUAUUACCGCUCCAGGAACAACAGCCUGA